CUACAAUGUUGCAACCAUUCUGACUGGAUGAUAUAAAACAGGAGCUGGUAUAAUUUACAGCAUCAUUUUAGACGUAUUAUAAAACCAGGUGCCUUAGUGAUGAAGAGCUGGUUUCUCCUUCCUCUCCUGUUUCUGGCAUGUUGUUGCCAUGGCACCUUCUCUUGCCCAGCCCUUUGCAAAUGCUACAUAUCCCCAAGAAAAACAGAGGUGGUCUGUAAUGAAGUCCCCCUCACCCAGUUCCCCUCCUACGGUCUUCCUAGCAACACCACCUCCCUCACCAUCCAGUUCACCAACAUCAGCUCCAUCUCAGAACAGCACCUGAGAGCUACACCCCUUCUACAGGAGCUCUACCUGUACAACAACAACCUGAGCACCCUUCCCUCAGACCUCUUCAGGGGUGUCCCUCAACUGUUCUCGGUGGCUCUCUCGGAUAACACAUUGGAUCAGCUUCCCGCCAAUGUCUUCAGCCACGCUCCGCUGCGUGACUUGGUGCUGAAGAACAACCUGAUCAGCGGUGUGGAUGCUGAUUGGCUCCCUGACAACAGUAACCUCACCUGGCUGGACCUGUCAGGGAACCACUUGACGGCCGUACCCACAGCCCUGUUCCAGAAACUACGCCACCUGAAGAACCUUGACCUCUCCCAUAACCGCCUGGAGAAGCUCCCGCCAAAUUCGUUACACCCUCUGACCAAACUGGAGAGGCUGACGCUGGAGGGGAAUAAACUCAGCACCCUGGACGUGUCUACCUUCAGUAACAACCUCAACCUGACACACCUGUUUCUUCUGGAGAACCGGCUUGGACAACUGCCCCCAACCCUGUUCCAUGGCCUCCCGAACCUGGCGCACCUGAGUCUGAAUGAUAACCUGCUGAGCCACAUCCCUCCUGGUCUGCUGGACCAGCUUCACUCCAUUGAUGAGCAGGGGUUGGACCUCACGGUGAACCCCUGGGUAUGCGAUGGCAAGGUGGAGUACCUGUGGAGGUGGCUGCAGAAGAACCAGAAAAAAGUAUUCCUGGCCGAUGACAUCAGGUGUGCCAGCCCUGAGUCUCUGAAGCAACGGUCAGUGAUGUCGCUAACUGACAGUGAGCUAGGACUCUGAUCCAUCAAACCUUUUUCACUCAGGUUACUGUGAUAAUUCAUAAUCUAUCUCAAACUGUGGUCUAUUGAACUCCUAUCUCAAAUGAAUCUAAGGUAAUGUUGGUCUAUUGCAUGUUGUGUAUUUUCAUCAUAAUUAUACACACAUCCACGUAAAUAAAAAAGUGACCUGAAUUGGAAUUUUAAAUGAA